GACAGACCCUUGAAGAGCAGGAGCGACAACAGAGGAGAUCGGCGGUGUGGUGAAGGUUUGCAAAAAAUCUGGAGAAAAUGUCCGAUGUCAAGAACUGAAAUUAAAGAGGAGCAGGAGCAAAUUCCACAGCAGACUGUCCAAUCAGUCGCCCGGCUGACACAAACCGGUGGCAAGCACGGACGCGCACACCCACGGUUCGGCGCGCACCAACUUGAAGCCGCAACAUGUUUGAGGAGCAGGUGACAAAGGUCAAGAUCACGUCUGUUGUGAUCAUCGUCGGCAUGUCUGCAAUGCUGGCGGCAGUGGUGACAGAUCAUUGGGCCGUCCUGAGUCCCAGGGUGGAGAAGCUCAAUGCCACAUGUGAGGCGGCCCACUUUGGCCUCUGGAGGCUUUGCAAGAAGACCAUCUUCAUGGUGAAGGAAGACCCUCAGGGCAAAGGAUGUGGCCCCAUCAGUUUACCUGGAGCAAAAAACUGCUCCUACUUCAAACACUUCACAUCGGGAGAAGAAGCCGAGGUUUUUGAAGUGAAGACCCAAAAAGAGUACAAUAUCUCAGCUGCAGCCAUUGCUAUCUUCAGUCUGUUCUUCAUGAUUCUGGGCAGUCUGUGUGUGAUCUUUUCUUUCGGAAAAGGGCGAGACUACCUGCUCCGACCUGCCGGGAUGUUCUUUGCCUUUGCAGGCCUUUGCAUUAUCAUCUCCGUUGAAGUGAUGCGCCAGUCUGUCAAGCGAAUGAUCGAUAGCGAUGAGACCAUCUGGAUUGAAUACUAUUACUCCUGGUCCUUUACCUGUGCCUGCGCCUCCUUCACCCUCCUCAUCCUCAGUGGAGCUGCCCUUCUCCUUAUCUCAAUGCCCCACAUGCCUCGUAACCCCUGGGAAACCUGCAUGGACGCUGAGCCAGACAGCUUGGAUUAGCCAUGGAUGAUUCUCCAGGAAUCAAUUGUGAACAGAGAUUAAAAAAAUGAUGGUUGUGUAUCGUUUAACCCUAUAAUUAUGUAUAGCUCAAGUAAAAGACAUUAAGUUUGCUUAAAAUGAGAAUUAACUUUUUUAUCUCUUCUUUUUUUUUCUCUUUUUCAAAUAUUUCAAAAUUUCAUCUCCACGGGUUUUGAAUUUAAAUUCUGAAUUUUGCAUUAUCAAUAUUUAUAGACUUCCAUUUCGACAGUGCUUUGCAAAAGUUUUCUUACCCGUUGAUCUGUCUGUUAUCUUGUUUAAAAUUCACAAAUGUUUGAGGGAUUCCCUGCGAUGACACCAACACAAUGUAGUUGUUCUUUGAACUGUUAGAUUUUGGCUAUCAUGUAAAAUAUACUGCACUCACCUGAACUCACCAUGUCCAGCAUGAAACACAGUGGUGCCAGCAUCAUGCUGUGGGGAGGCUUUUAUUCUGCAAGAACAAACAGCUCCUCAGACUGAAAGAUGAAUGGAGCUAAAUUCAGAACCAUCCUGGAUGAAAACUUGUUAGGAGCUGCAAAAGGUUGGAAUAAGUUGACAGUCCAGUUCUUCCAGUACAACAAUGACCCUUAAUAAUAUAGCAUAUUUAUAUGUGUGAAUUCUCAUGACCUACAUUUAGUUGUGUCAUUAGAAAAGCCUCCUAUUUUGGCUUUGACUGUGGUUGAAAUGACUGAAGUUAUUUUGUGUCAGUCAUUUUCAUAAAAUCCCCCCAGAACACCUAAAGCAUGUGGAUGUAAUGUGAGUUAAUGCGAAAAUGAUCACAGAGUGUGAGUACUUUUAUAAGGCAUUGUAUUUUCAACAUAGG